AUGCGAGUCCAAGCCCUAGAACUUGGCGUCUUAGCCAAUCUUGCCAUCUCGGUAUGCGCCUUUGCCGUAGGCCGUAACUCCUUCCAGGUUAGCGGCCCGGUUGCUUCUACCUCGGCGCCUCCUUCGUCUUCCCCUACCGGAGAUGCUUGGAAGACCAAGCAAUGCUCCCAGAUCCAUGGUAGCCCUGCGGAUCAAUGGCAGCAGGCAGGUGCAAAAUCUGCCUGGGAUGCCACCAUUGCAGCCUGGACGAGCACGCCGGGCGAUAAUAGCUUCCCCCUGUUCGUCAGCAAUCAUACCGAUGGGCCUGAUGGCAUGAGAUGUAGCGACAUGUCGUCCGAAAACCGUUGCGCCCAACCUGUGCAGUGCGAAGAUGCGAUCCCAGCCGUUGCUAUGAUUCUAAAUGGAUUUACGGGUAUCCAUCAACUUCACGCAUCGGUUUUCCAGGCUAUCGGGCUCGCCCAGGCUAGUGUGACGAACAACGUUGGCACGUUCACAUCUGCAUUCGCCCCUCAGCGUAAAGAUGACUCGGCCAACAUAAAGAUGAUUAUCGAUGCUGCAAUGUUAGUUGUCAGCUUUGGCACAUCUAUGCUAUAUAACGUCGUCCUCCAAAGCGCGGUGAAUGUAAUCGGUAAAGCCAUUGCCCAGGAUAUGACAGGUGCUAUUCUCGCUACCUCCGUUACCUACUAUAAGACGAAUAUGAAAGGCGCGUUAGAAGGACUAGCAGAGCAGAACACCAUCGAUACUUUUGUGGGCAAGACAAUGGACGAGUGGAAGAAUGCGGAGACAUCCUAUCUUAGGUCAAUUUUUGCCGGGGGCGACCCGAGUGCUAUCGACGCUCUCUACGCCACAAUCAACAAUGGUACUAUAGCCGCAGCUAUGGAUAGGCUUGACCUUACCCGCACGAGCACCGACGUCGAAAAGAUCCUCUACGGUCAGAUGAUCUCGUACGCAUGGACUGUUAGUGGGGACAGAGCGCGCCCCUUUAUCUGGCGGAGCUCAGAGUACUGCGAUGAAACCACCAUGCCUCUCUCUAGGGGCGGCUUUGUUGAAAGAUCAUCAUUGAGCAAGAUAUAUGUGUGCCAUAACAACAGGAUGCAUUUGCUGUUGAAUGCUCAUAAACGUAAAGGGACGGGCUUUUCUUCCGACAUUCUUCCAGGUGGAGAGCAUGAUACUCUGAACGGAAAGGACUAUGGUGGAAUUACGAUUGAUGACAUCGUCAUCAGCAGCGUGGACGGAUGGAGCAAAAAUAAUUAUCAAAAUGGGUAUCCAAAGGCUGAUGUUGAUAGUGUCGUGGCCAGCUUUGGCGGGGAUAACGCCCCUAGUGUCCGAAGCGCUGGAUUCUUCAAUUUGCCAAUUUGUCUCAAUUCCAACACAGCUGAGGAAAACAUAAGAAAUGGUUGGAAUAAAGAGUCACCUUAUUGGCCUUGUGAAAACCCUGAAGGAUACACCAGCACUGGUACCAAUAUUCGUGUUAAAAAGGGUUGUGUUCUGUUCAAUGACGCAAAGCGCUGCCAGAAUUGGGGUGGACCCUAUAACGUCGCAGAUCAGAACACUCCCAACAGCACCGUCACUAUAUACGCCAUGUUCAAAGGUACAAGUGAAAAGCUUGUUGACAAAGAGGUUCCUGGUUGCAAGCUCGUGGGAUCAUGGCCUCGCGACUGGUCUGAAAUGCACUUCAGCGAAGACAAUUGUCUCGAGGAUGAGAACAAGUAUUACAGACAGUGCUGCGGCGAGGACACGAAGACUACCGAUCUUGUCAACAAUCCAUAUGGCCCUUCAUGGUAA